AUGGUUACCCUGGGCGGGGGAAUCAUUACUAAGGAUACCGGGGCAAUUAUCUCUGCUAUCACAGUUCAGGGAGACCGUAAAAAAGGUCUCUCGAUUGUCCACAAACAUCGCAAUCUACAGAUUAUAGGUAGCACGGCCAAUGUGGCCGGGAUCAAUAUCAAAUCUAAGCUGGUCGAUCUCUGCGUGCAGGUAAUCAAGUACCAGACAAAGACAUGUGUGACAGACUUAAAUUAUGGGGCUUUCAACCAUCAGGUGGACCACGUUGCCAAGCUAUCAACUACAACAUGGAGGGACAGUAAAUGUACUGUUCAGGCAAUCUUUGUUAUUGGCUUUGGUAUGCCUAAUGCGUUCCGUUAG